UAUAUCCCAGAGUGAAGCAUCACCGCAUCCACUCGUUAGGUUCUCUCUCGUACUCUCCCUGGGCUUGGUGUACAAUUUUAUAACAUAUAUAUUAGAGAUAUAUAUUAAACGGCUGUGGAAUCUAUGGCUAUAGUGGGUCUGGGUCUCGCAGCCAGGCAGUGACUGAUUGCUCAUAAUAAUAAAGGUGUUCAGGAGGCUUGGAUUAUCGUGGAAUGUACUCUUAAAUAUUAUCUUCGUCCUAAAUUAUUCCUAUUCUAUUAAAAAAAUAAAAACUAAUUCGAAUCGUCCGAUUAUUCAAUUCCAAACAUUCGUAUUUUAACGUAAGUCUACUUUUUUUUAACCUUUUUAACUGGUGCGAUUGAGUGAAAGAAUAAAAAAACCGAAUACUUUUCGAACAAAGGGUCUCGUGUGUUUCUCGUGCUUUCGGACUACACAUUUUUUAACUACGUUGGAUAUUUACAUAAAUAUCCAUAAAUAUAUUUAAAAACGUGACAUUUAUAAAGGUUGAUUGCUUUAUAAAAUCAACAACAUGACGGAAUAUAAACUCGUCGUUGUUGGAGCUGGAGGUGUUGGCAAAUCCGCUCUUACCAUACAAUUAAUUCAAAAUCACUUUGUCGAUGAAUAUGACCCAACGAUAGAAGACUCUUAUAGGAAACAGGUUGUUAUAGAUGGGGAGACGUGUUUGCUAGAUAUUCUUGACACAGCUGGCCAAGAGGAAUACAGUGCAAUGAGAGAUCAGUAUAUGAGAACAGGAGAAGGAUUUUUGCUUGUGUUUGCUGUUAAUUCGGCUAAAAGUUUUGAGGAUAUAGGAACAUAUCGAGAACAGAUAAAAAGGGUGAAGGAUGCUGAGGAAGUGCCUAUGGUCUUAGUUGGAAAUAAAUGCGAUCUCCAGCAGACAUGGGCGGUCAAUAUGACCCAAGCGAGAGAAGUUGCUCAUCAGUACGGUGUACCAUUUGUGGAGACGUCGGCGAAAACAAGGAUGGGCGUUGACGACGCGUUUUAUACUCUGGUCAGAGAAAUACGGAAAGACAAGGAGCAUCGUGGUAAAGAGAAGAGAAAACGUAUGCGAGCCGGCAACUCUGGUCGUAGGAGACCCCGAUGCUGUCUUCUCUAAAUAACGCAAUAUGGAUGAUAAAGGAUAAAGAAAAGGAGAAACAAACAAAAACCAUUACUCAACACAAUAAUGCAAGCGUAUAGUGUAAAAAGCCUUAGAUUACGUCGAAUUUAUGCACAAUUUGCAGCUUGCUCUAUUGAAUAUUUAAGAAAUUAUAAGCACAAAAUUUCUUUUUUUUUUUGGUUUCUUUGUUUGUUUUUAUGAACCAAAAGGUAAAGAGAAAAUUCUCGUAUAAUUGUUGUAUGAUAUUACACUAAUUUGUAUAUCCAUUGAUGAAUUCGGAGAUUCAACAAACAUCGUUUAUUUCGAGUUCACAUAUAAAUAUUUUUCUCUCUAUCUCUGAAAAUCGAGGAUUUAAGAUGCUGAUUGGAAGUAUCAAAAAGCACAAUUCAAUUGUAGAUAUAGAUAUGUCUUAUGAAAAAAAAAAACAAAAAAAAAACAUGAAUGAGAACGUUUGAUUCGCCUGGAAGUGCGUUCAGAAAAUGAUGGAACAUCUAAUUUAGUAAUGAAGCGCAAUGAUUCAGCAAUUUUUAUUAAAACCGCAAUGGGGGUACACCUUUUUUCAAACGUUGUCUGUUAUAGACGAAAAAAAAUCGCUGCCAUGUUUUCUCUUACCAUCGGUAUAUGUACUGUCAUUUAAGGUAUAAUCCCACGAACGCUCCAAAAAGCGGUUUUAUUCAUUUAACUUCGGCACAGUUUACAGAAAUUUUCAGACUGAUCGGAUACAAUUAAAUGAAAACCAAACGGAAUAACAAGAUGAAUAGAUGUUCUUUUUAAUCAAAACGUAACUUACCACAUUGUUUUCAUCGAACGAGGACGAAUCUUGUGUGCCUGCCAUUUUUUAAAUAUUAUUUCUUAUUAUAUUUACUGUCACUUUUGCAAUUUGAGUUUUAAUCAUGUUCGCAGUUUUCCCAUAACUGUUUAUAUAUUUUCGAUAAACGAAGAAUUAAAUUUUGCUUAAUUUUACACACACUCGGAAAAUUGAAUCAGAGCAUUUGGUAUUACCAAUGAGUUAAUUUUUAUAAUUCUUAUUUAUUUCAACGUAUACUUGUUCCAAUGAAUAUCAAACGAUUGGACAACAGUUUUAGUAAAUUUAAAUUUGACCCCACACACACAUGUGCAUAUAUGCGCGUGUGUAUAGACACACAAUUGUAUACGCGAAAAGAUGGGAUUACUGUAAAACUGAAAAGUGGCUCUCAAUCAAUAUUGCAAAUUAACAUUCGUGGUACCAAAUUUCUUAUGUAACUACAUGUGAAAACAGUUAAAAAAUUUUCGUAUAUACGGUACGUUUUUAGGAUAUUAUAAGCAAUCAAAUGUCGUAAAAUUUUUUCAUUAAAUCUGUAAUGCCAGGGCACUCGACAACGGAAAUGGAAAAUUAAUGAUUCCUUUUCAUGAAUAAAACGCGCACUCGUAUAACAAAGUUACUUAAUCAUAAUAAAUUCGUAACUUGUUCGUUUAUCAUUACGAAUUUUGUCGCAUUAAUUGUAAAUAGUUAUAGAAAAAAGAAAACUGAUAAAUACCGACGUAAAGCACAAAAGAUGUUUUCUAUUGAUUUUAAUUCUCAGGUGGUGCUAAACGAAAAGUUCAUAGACAGCCAUUUUCAGGAACAAAUCAACAACUUACAAUUAGUAUUUUUGAGAAACAAUCAGUUACUAUAGAGUAGCACAAUAUAAUUGAAUUUCACGUUGACAUCACAAGUGCUAUGCUGAAAAGUUGCCAUCUACUAUUUUAUAUAUGAAAACUGUUUUAUUAAAAAUAUUUGAAUUAUUCGAAGAAAAUGUGAAAAAAAUAAAAUUAACUGUAAAAAAGAAGAGAAGAGAGAAAGGUUAAAGGACAUUGAAAGGAAAAAUUAAAUCGUUCUACUUGACUGUUUUGAAAAAGGCUUCUCAAUGUCGGUGGAGCACUAAUUUUAACAAUUUCAUUUCUAUAGUUAUAAACAGCAUAAGACUUUUCAUUAUAAUGCGUGGAUGAAGAUUUAAGGAUCUUGUUUGUUUUGAGAUGCUCACGAUCAUUGAAUCAUUUUAUAUUCCGCAUGAGCUCUCGCCCCUCAAGUUCACACGAUUAACUCAACUACCGGAGCAAACGAACAACCAAAUAAAAACAUGAGCUAUCGAAAUGGCAUGUUACAACGGUGUGGAAUUAUUUGAUGAAUAUUCAUUGUGACUGAAGAGACAAAGAGCCGCGCGCGCGGGCCCAGUGAAAUUUUCUAGACUCGUUGGGUGCGAGACCUUGAUAAAUCUCGAGAUAAUUUUUCGAGUGUACCAAUCGCUGCGUUCCAAGUGUAACAUAUCUAGUAUAUUUGUAUAUAUACAUAGUGGAACACGGGCCAAAAUUUCAUGAUAUAUAAGUCUAUAUAUAAUAUUACUACUAAUAAUAAUAUUAAUAAUAACAAUACUAUACAUAUUGAAGAAAAAAAAACAGAAUCCAACGAGUCGACAAACUUUCGCUAAUGCCAGCAAAUCUAAGCGCUGAGCCGAUAAAAAACAACUUUAUCCAUUGUCCUUAGAUAUACUUUCAUCUUUUUCGACUCUGCCAUAUAAUGGCGUUAACAGAGUAAUUCUGUGACGAAUAUUAUGUAAUGAUUAGUAUGUAAGAUAUCUCAAUUAAAUAAAGAAACGUUUCUACAUACAUUCA